AUGAAGGUUUACAGAAUGGGGGAAGAUUUGCCGAAAGACGCAGAGGCAGAAGCAAAGGAGGACGACGCAGCCCUGAUUGAGUUUUACAGCUCUUUCAAGGACCUGUUUGAGUUCUUCUGUCUAAACACCACGAUCCACGGCACCAUCCGCCUGGUCUGCUCAAACAGCAAUAAGAUGAAGACCGCGUUCUGGGCCCUGCUUUUCUUAACCAGCUUUGCUAUGCUCUACUGGCAGUUUGCACUGAUCUUCAACCAGUACUGGGCCUAUCCCGUCGUCAUGUCCAUGUCUGUUCAUUCAGAACCCAAGAUGUUCCCUGCCGUCACCCUUUGCACUUUGAAUCCAUAUAGGAUCAGCCCAGUCAAUCAAGAUAUAGCUAAGCUGGACAACCUAGCGCGAGAGACCUUGUACAAUUUAUACGGCUUCCACAUUCCUAAGAGCACUCUAGAAGAUGUCAGUAUCGACUUUUCCGAAGAACAUCCUGGCAAGGCCAACCGCUCCAAGUUUCACCUGGAUCGUAAUAUCGCCCUAGUGAAGAUGGGCGGGAAAGUGGGUUUUCGGCUGUGCAACACAACAGGCGAAAGCUGCUACAACAAGGUCUACAUUUCUGGAGUGGAUGCUAUCCAAGAGUGGUACAGGUUCCACUACAUGAAUAUCAUGUCGCAGAUUCCCUCCAUUAUUAAAAUGUCUCCACGUGAUGGUCACAUCAAAAACCUGAUCUAUUCUUGCCAAUACGAUGGACAGCCGUGCCGAACAAGCGAUCACGAACAUUUUCACCACCCUGUCUACGGAAGCUGCUUCACCCUUAACAAGAAUGGAACGGACAAGUUCUGGAAAGCUUUCAAGCCAGGAAUUGUUUAUGGCCUCUCUCUGAUUCUCAAAGUGGACCAAAAAGACCACAUCCCGCUGCUGUCCACCACGGCCGGCGUGAAAGUCAUGAUUCACAGGCACAACCAGACCCCCUUUUUAGAGCACGAAGGUUUUGAUAUCAGGCCUGGGAUCGAAAGCACCAUUGGAAUCAAACAGGACGAGGUGUCCCGCUUGGGUGGGAGUUACGGCCUAUGUACCAAUAAUGGGGAAGAUGUCAACAUCAAGUUACUCUACAACAGCACAUAUACGCUGCAGGCCUGUUUGCAUUCUUGCUUCCAGCAUCAUAUGGUUGAGAAGUGUGGCUGCGGAUAUUAUUUUUACCCACUACCAUCGGGAGCCGAGUAUUGCAACUACAAUAAACAUCCUGCCUGGGGUCACUGCUUCUAUUUGCUGUACAAAAAGCUCACCGACCACCAUUUAAUCUGCUUUAGCGAGUGCCCUAAGCUGUGCAAGGAAACUUGGUACAAGCUCUCGGCGGGAUACGCUAACUGGCCAUCAACUAAAUCUGAGAAAUGGAUUCACAGAGCACUGCAGGCAGACAACAGGUACAACAUCACCACCACGAACAGCAAGGAUAUUGCCAAGGUGAAUAUUUUCUAUGAGCAAUUAGAUUACUACUCUUGGGAUGAAUCUCCAGAAUAUAAUGUGACCCUGGUGAUGUCCAACAUGGGAAGCCAAUGGAGCCUUUGGUUUGGAUCUUCUGUACUCUCGGUGGUCGAGAUGUUUGAGUUCCUUGUGGAUGUCACCAUCUUAUCUCUCAUUUUCUUCUAUCGGCGGCUUACAGCUAAGAGAAGACACAAAGUGUCAAGUCCCCCUAAGGUGCCAAGUGUGAGUUUGACUUUGGAGAAAUACCGCUACAUUGAAGAAGGCUUGGCCCCAGACCAAGAUGCAGAGGAAUCUCAGGCCAGCCACGAGAAUCCGUCCUUCGUCCACGACGAGGGACUCCCUCCGUAUUCCAAAUAUAGCAAAUAUCAGAUGCCGGAACUAUAUCCACGGGUGGUUCUUCACAGAUUUAAGCACCAAGAAGACCAAGGGACAUGCCAGGAUCCCAAGAGUUAA